AUGCAAAAGAUUGACUGGGCCUGUCUGCUGCUGAUCGCAUGUGGGACUGCUGGAGCCGAAUUGCCGAUUGUGGACUUGGGCUAUCAGCGGCACCAAGCUAUUAGUUUCAACUCCACUGGUCGCUAUUACCAAUUCUCCAAUAUCCGCUAUGCCGAACCGCCACUGGGCCCCUUGCGGUUCGCGCUACCUGUUCCCCCACGCAAUCACAGCGACGACGUUGUCAAUGGCAAGGGACUUGGUAAUAUAUGUCCCCAGUCUCAGGCUUGUUGGUUCAAUGUGCAGAGCGAAUUUGUUACUGCCGUGACCGAGGGAUCUUCGUUUAAUUUCACCGCGGCGUAUGAUCAGGUCUAUCGACAGGAUGACUGCACUAAGCCGCGGCCUGUCGCGGACCAGAAUCCACUGGAGUCAGAAGAUUGCCUGUUUCUCGAUGUUUACGUCCCAGAAAGGGUGAUCUCCAAACGACAAGGCGAAAAAGGAAAAUCGAAUCCCCGUGCGCCCGUGUUGGUAUACUUCCAGGACGGAGCCUAUGUGUCCGGGUCCAAGUCGGAUGAGGAUCCCUCUGGCUUGAUCGCAGCCAGCAGUAGAGAUGGGUCCUCUGGUAUAAUCUAUGUGGGAGUCAAUUAUCGGUGGCUUAUCCAGGAAUGUAUCGACCAGCUGGGCAUAUUUGGAUGGCUAUCAGGUCAGAAGUUUCGAUCGGCAGGGGGCGUACCAAAUGCCGGGCUGUAUGAUGAGCGUCUGGCGCUGAAAUGGGUGCAACGGCAUAUCACGAAGUUCGGCGGUGAUCCGUCGCGCGUGACCGUCAUGGGAGUCUCGGCCGGUGGGGGCUCGAUCACGAUGCAAUUGACGGCUUACGGACGCGCCAUUCGCCCUCCAUUCGCCCAGAUCAUUGCGCAGAGCCCGGCCUGGGAACCAGGUACGAAGACACCGGCCAUCGAGGACGACCUGUUGGAUAAAUUAUUGGCGUUGUUGAAUGUCAGCAGCUUGGAGGAGGCCCGGCGUCUGCCGUCCCAGGCCUUGUUAGACGCUAACUAUGAGCUGGUGGCAUCCCGUCCAUAUGGAUCAGGCGUUUUCGGACCAGCCAUUGAUGGAAACUUUGUACCCAAUAGUCCUAAGCGACUUCUGCUCGAGCGCAAGGUUGAUCCCUCAGUGCGAAUCCUUACCUCAUACACCGCAAAUGAAGGCUUCAUGUUAGCCCCAGCCAAUGUAACUAACGAUGCCACCUUCGACCGAUACGCGAAUCUGUUGCUCCGCAGUGCCAAUGCCAGCGUACGCUCUCACAUCGCCCAAGUGCUCUAUCCACCCAUCUUCAAUGGCAGCUGGCCGUAUCGCAGUCAGCACGAACGGGCGAAUCUGCUCUGGUCCGAGCUCUCCACUACCUGCAACACCCUGUAUUUACACAGAGCCGUCGCAACGCCAGGGUAUGCGAUUGAAUAUGCUGUGGCGCCUGCGAUGCAUCUUUCGGACACCCCUUCUGUCUUCUACAAUGGGCAAGGUUCCGACUCUUCGCUGAAUGCCACCAUCGCACAACUCAUGCAGCGGCAGAUUGUGCAGUUUGUCAAGACGGGGAACCCAAAUGCCAAGGGAGACCCUCAUGUGCCUCCCUAUCACGGACAAGCUCAUCUACUUUAUUUGGGAGAUGACGGGGUGAGUGUCAAGCCGGACUUGACUAAUAGAGACCGGUGUGCGUACUGGCAGCAGGUCGAGUUUUGA